UUAAAACCUUUUUAAUAAUGAGUAUGGGAUUUGUUGAUUAGGCAAAAUAAAAAAUCUGGCGUGUUGCUGAGUCAUCACUCAUCUUCAUAUAAAUAAAUAUCAUCAACAUGAUUGCUUUUUCAUCUCUGCAACUUCCUCUGUUUCUGAUUACCAAACGUCGUCAAUACAUUUCUUCAAAUUACGUUUCUUUUAUUCUUUCGUUACUCUCAACAAAUUUUGAUAUCUGAUUGGUGUUGAUUCCAAGUAAGAAAGAUCAAAACUUUAGGUAAAGUAUGGAUAUGGGUUUCCAUGAAAAUGAGCAAAAUCAAGAAUUUGCGAAUCUAAUGGAGAUUGGAUCUGGGCAUUACGGGUGUUCACAUUAUAGAAGACGAUGCAAGAUUAGAGCACCAUGUUGUGAUGAGAUUUUUGAUUGCAGACAUUGCCACAACGAAGCUAAGGAUUCUCUUCAUAUUGAACAGCAUCAUAGACAUGAGCUUCCUCGACAUGAAGUUUCAAAGGUCAUAUGCUCGCUUUGUGAGACAGAACAAGACGUUCAGCAAAACUGCUCCAAUUGUGGUGUAUGUAUGGGGAAGUACUUCUGUUCAAAAUGCAAGUUCUUCGACGAUGAUCUUUCCAAGAAGCAAUAUCACUGUGAUGAGUGUGGGAUUUGCAGGACCGGAGGAGAAGAAAACUUUUUCCAUUGCAAAAGAUGCCGAUGUUGCUACUCCAAAAUUAUGGAGGACAAACACCAAUGUGUUGAAGGCGCUAUGCAUCACAAUUGCCCGGUUUGUUUUGAGUAUCUGUUUGAUUCAACAAGAGAUAUCACUGUCCUACGAUGUGGUCACACUAUGCAUCUAGAAUGCACGAAAGAUAUGGGGCUACAUAACCGAUACACAUGCCCUGUAUGCUCCAAAUCCAUAUGUGACAUGUCUAAUCUGUGGAAGAAACUUGAUGAAGAGGUUGCUGCAUACCCAAUGCCAAAGAUGUAUGAAAACAAGAUGGUAAACCAAAAUUAAAUUCGAUAUUUGAUUCUCGUGUGUGUGUGUGUGUUUGUGUUAUGUACACUUUCUGAUUUGGAUUUAAAUGUGAUGUGUUGAGUCAGGUAUGGAUUCUCUGCAAUGACUGCGGCUCAAACACGAACGUUCGGUUUCAUUUGAUCGCGCAUAAAUGCAGUAGCUGUGGUUCCUACAAUACAAGACAGACACAGAGAGGCUCUGAUAGUCACUCUUGCUCCUCUGGAAUGCCUCAGGUUGUUGGUUCAACCGGUUAAUUUUUAACCAGAGCUGGUUUUGGUGUCUGAAUUUCCCAUGAGGAGAUUAUUUGUACUUUCUAUAGUUUGGUAUCAGUCAAUGCCUUUGGUUGUUAACAAUUAUAUCAUCACAGAUUCAAAAGCUGCUUUGAGCCAAUCCAACUUGCAAGUCUAGACCAUUAUAGCCCAAAACAACCAUAUCUUGAAAUAAAUUAUAUAUAUUAAUGUUUAAAUAAGUAAAAUUUUGGUAAAAUCAGUAUAAGAAUGUACAAAUAUGC